GAUGAUGAUGAUGAUGAUGAUGAUGAUGAUGACGAUGAUUGCAAUGAUGGUGAUGAUGUUUUCGCUGUUCCUGCUGCUGCUGCUUAACUGAUG